AUGGCUCAUGUGGAAAAGGCGGAGACAGAAUUAAGCAUUAAAAUUUUACAAGGGAAUAUAAAGAAAGGACCGACAGUAUCUAGCUCUACAGGACCCUCGGCAGCACAGUCUGGUUUAUACUACAUGUAUAUAGAGGCUUCUUCACCACGCUCAGCUGGAGAAACGGCUGUUAUGAACACAUCUAUCAUUGACUUCUUAAUUGCAGCCACAACCACUACCACUACUACUACUACAGAACAGAAAACCACAACUACAGAACCAACAACCAGCACUACAGAACCAACAACCAGCACUACAGAACCAACAACCACAACUACAGAACCAACAACCACCUCAGCAGAACCAACAACCACCACAACAGAACUAACAACCACAUCUACAGAACCAACAACCAGCACUACAGAACCAACAACCACCACUACAGAACCAACAACUACUACUACAGAACCAACAACCACAACUACAGAACCAACAACCACAACUACAGAACCAACAACCACAACUACACAACCAACAACCACUACAACAGAACCAACAACCACUACUACACAACCAACAACCACAACUACACAACCAACAACCACUACUACAGAACCAACAACCACAACUACACAACCAACAACCACAUCAACAGAACCAACAACCACCACUACAGAACCAACAACCACCACUACAGAACCAACAACUACUACUACACAACCAACAACCACAACUACACAACCAACAACUACAACUACACAACCAACAACCACUACAACAGAACCAACAACCACAACUACACAACCAACAACUAAAACUACAGAACCAACAACCACUACUACAGAACCAACAACCACAACUACAGAACCAACAACCACCACUACAGAACUAACAACCACCACUACAGAACCAACAACUACUACUACACAACCAACAACCACAACUACACAACCAACAACCACUACAACAGAACCAACAACCACAACUACAGAACCAACAACUACAACUACAGAACCAACAACCACUACUACAGAACCAACAACCACAACUACAGAACCAACAACCACCACUACAGAACCAACAACUACUACUACACAACCAACAACCACAACUACACAACCAACAACUACAACUACACAACUAACAACCACUACAACAGAACCAACAACUACUUCAACAGAACCAACAACCACAACUACACAACCAACAACCACAGAACCAACAACCACAACUACAGAACCAACAACUACUUCAACAGAACCAACAACCACCACUACAGAACCAACAACCACCACUACAGACCCAACAACAACCACUACAGAACCAACAACCACCACUAAAGAACCAACAACAACAACAACAGAACCAACAACCACAACUACAGAGCCAACAACCACAACUACAGAACCAACAACUACUACAACAGAACCAACAACCACAACUACAGAACCAACAACCACAACUACACAACCAACAACCACAACUACACAACCAACAACCACCACUACAGAACCAACAACCACAACUACAGAACCAACAACCACCACUACAGAACCAACAACCACUACUACAGAACCAACAACUACUACAACAGAACCAACAACCACAACUACACAACCAACAACCACUACAACAGAACCAACAACCACAACUACACAACCAACAACCACCACUACACAACCAACAACCACCACUACACAACCAACAACCUCUACAACAGAAUCAACAACCACAACUACACAGCCAACAACCACUACAACAGAACCAACAACCACAACUACAGAACCAACAACCACUAGUACACAACCAACAACCACAACCACACAACCAACAACCACUACUACAGAACCAACAACCACAUCUCCAGAACCAACAACUACCACAACAGAACCAACAACCACAACUACACAACCAACAACCACAACUACAGAACCAACAACCACUACUACACAACCAACAACCACAACUACAGAACCAACAACCACUACUACACAACCAACAACCACAACUACAGAACCAACAACCACUACUACAGAACCAACAACCACAACUACAGAACCAACAACCACUACUACAGAACCAACAACCUCAACAACAGAACCAACAACCACAACUACAGAACCAACAACCACUACAACAGAACCAACAACCACUACAACAGAACCAACAACAACAACAACAGAACCAACAACAACAACUACAGAACCAACAACAACAAGUACUGCAACUACCUCUACAACUCCUUCAAUGACUACGACUACCUCUGGAACAACAACUACUUCGAUUCCAACAACAGGUAAAAUUAUUUAG